GAAAGACUGUGGACCCAGCACUGGCCCCUGUCACAGCAGGUGGGGAAGUGAGGGCAGGUGGGGCAAUUGAAACUGAAACACCCGUGGGAGCCAGAGGCCCAUGACGUCAGGAAACAAGUGGACCUCAGGCAAGUUCUGCAUAACCAGUUGUGUGCAAUGAAUGGUCAGGCCUCUCCUCUUGAUGUCCUGGAUAACAAUGGCACUGAGCAGGUCAUCAUUCCUAAAGUUAUGAAGCACAAGUUGAGAGCUGGCACCCCUUCUAGGCCCCAAGCAGAGGCUGCCCCACUCACCACAGCCAGAAGUAUUGCUGGGGUGUAUGUGGAGGCCUCGGGUCAGACCCAGAGCCUCUAUGCCGCCAUGAAGCAGGGCCUCCUGCCCACUGGGCUCGGGUUGGCUUUACUUGAGGCCCAGGCAGCCACUGGGGGCCUCAUGGACCUCACCCAGGGCCAAUUGCUCCCUGUGUCUGAGGCCCUAAAGCAGGGUCUGGUGGGGCUGGAGCUGAAGGAGAAGUUGCUGGCUGCUGAGCGAGCAGUUACUGGCUAUCCUGACCCCUAUGGGGGUGGAAAGCUGGCCCUCUUCCAGGCCAUCAGGAAGGAGGUUGUGGACAAGACCCUAGGGUGGAACUGGCUGGAGGCCCAGCUAGCCACUGGCGGCCUGGUGGAUCCAACCCAGGGUGUGCGAGUGGCCCCAGAGAUAGCCUGCCAGCAGGGCCUCUUGGACCAGGAGACCUGGCUUAGUCUGGUGGAAUCAGAGCCCAGUACGGAUGCUCCAAGUUUCCUCGACCCCAAUACGCUGGAGCGGCUGCCUUACCGCAUGCUGCUGGACAGAUGUGUGCAGGACCCCAGCUCAGGGCUGGCCCUGCUACCCUUGAAGACCACCUUCCGCACCCUGGGUGGGGCAGCCAGUGCAGCAGAGCUUCUGGAGGCAGGAGUUGUGGAUGAGGAAGCAGUCUGCGGCCUGCAGAAGGGCACACUGGUGGUGUCAGAUGUGAGCUCACGCCCUGAGGUACAGCGCUAUCUGGAGGGCACUGGAGGCUUGGCAGGGGUUGUCCUGUUGCCUGAAGGCCACAAGAAGAGCUUCUUCCAGGCCACAGUUGAACACUUACUCCCAAAGAGCACUGCACUGCAGCUCUUAGAGGCUCAGGCUGCCACGCGCACUCUGGUGAACCCAGCCACAGGCCAGCGGCUGUGGGUGGAAGAGGCAGUCAGGGCAGGCCUGGUUGGCCCAGAACUCUACGAGCAACUCCUGGUUGCGGAGCAGGCAGUGACAGGGUAUCAUGACCCCUUCAGCAGCUCCCGCAUCCCCCUCUUCCAGGCCAUGAAGAAGGAGCUUGUAGACCGACCACUGGCUCUGCGCCUCCUGGAUGCCCAGAUGGCCACCGGCGGGCUUAUUUGCCCAGACCGCAGAUUCCGGUUGCCUUUGGAGGCCGCCCUGCGCUUUGGCUGCCUGGAUGAAGAGACUCAGCAAUAUCUAUCUCAGGCAACAGGCUUCUCAGACCCUAUCACACAUCAUGGCCUGCACUAUGAGAAGUUACUGGGUUGUUCUGUCACUGACCCAGAGACAGGGCUUGCCUUCCUGCCUCUCCCUGGGGAGCCCCAUGCGGAAGAGCCCCAGGGACCCACAUUUAUUGAUCAUUGCACUCGGCAGGCCCUGAGCGAGGCCACAACCUCCAUCUCCUUGGGGAGGUUCCAGGGCCGACCUGUAUCCCUCUGGGAACUGCUCUUCUCUGAGAUGGUGCCCGUGAAGCAGAGGGUAGUGCUGGUCCAACAGCACCAGAGAGGGGUCCUGUCAGUGGAGGAGCUGGCAGCUGAGUUAAAAGCCACUGUUGAGCAGGCUGCAGCCACUGCCAAAGUUACCUUUGCUGGGCUGAGGGACACUGUAACACCAGGAGAACUGUUAAAGGCUGAGAUUAUCAACAAGGAGCUAUUUGAGCAGUUGGAACGUGGACAGACCUCAGCCGAGGAUGUGGGCAGCCUGGACUCAGUGCAGAGGUACCUGCAGGGCACGGGCUGCAUCGCAGGCCUCUUGCUGCCUGACUCCCAGGAGCACCUCAGUAUCUAUGAGGCUCGAAGCAAGGGGCUCCUCAGACCUGGUACCGCUCUGAUCCUACUGGAGGCUCAGGCUGCCACAGGCUUCAUCAUCAACCCAAAAGAGAACAAGAGAUACUCUGUGGAGGAGGCGCUCAGGGCUGGCGUCAUCGGGCCUGAUGUGUAUGCAAAACUGCUGUCUGCAGAGCGUGCCGUCACCGGCUAUAAGGACCCCUACUCUGGGGAACAGAUCUCACUCUUCCAGGCCAUGCAGAGGGAUCUCAUUGUCAGAGACCAUGGCAUUCGCCUACUAGAGGCCCAGAUCGCAACAGGGGGCAUCAUUGACCCCGUACACAGCCACCGUGUGCCUGUGGAUGUGGCAUACCAGCGUGGCUACUUUGACCAGAUGCUGAAUGCAAUCCUGUUGGACCCCUCUGAUGACACCAAGGGCUUCUUUGACCCCAACACACAUGAGAACCUCACCUAUAUGCAGCUGCUGGAGCGCUGUGUCUGUGACCCUCAGACAGGCCUGUAUCUCCUGCCACUCAAUAAUUCAUGGCCCCAGCUGGUGGAUGGCACCACUCGGCAGACCUUCCAGAAUCUACUGCUUUCUGUGCAAUAUGGGCGGUUCCAGGGGCAGAGGGUCUCCGCAUGGGAGCUGAUCAACUCAGAAUACUUCAGCGAGACCUGGAGGAGGCAGCUACUGCAGCGUUACCGACAGCGCAAGGUCACGUUGGAGUGGGUCACUCAGCUGCUGGAAAAAGAGACGAAGAAGUGGGCAGGCAUCACACUACCUGCACUGCAGGGCCAGGUCACUGCCUACCAGCUCCUAGAGGCCCACAUCAUCAACCAGGAACUCCUAGACCAGCUGUUGGCAGGGACAAUCAGCCCUGAUGCCCUCCUUCGCAUGGAUGGUGUACGCAGGUACCUGCAGGGCUCGGGCUCUGUGGGUGGUGUGCUACUACAGCCCUCCAACCAGCGGCUCAGUCUCUACCAGGCCAUGAAGCAGAAGCUACUGGCACCUGGCGUGGCCCUGGCCCUGCUGGAGGCCCAGGCAGCUACUGGAGCCAUCAAAGACCCCUGCAGUCUGGAGACUCUGUCAGUAGACGAGGCUGUGUGCAGGGGAGUGGUUGGACCAGAGGUAUAUGGCAGGCUGAAGCGGGCAGAGCGUGCUGUCACUGGCUUCAGAGACCCCUUUUCUGGAAAGAAGGUAUCCCUAUUCAGGGCCAUGAAGAAGGGCCUCAUCCCUGUGGAGCAGGCCACCCGCCUGUUGGAAGCUCAAGUGUCCACAGGAGGGGUCAUUGAUCCCACAGGUCGCCUCCACCUUCCCAUGCCUGUGGCAGUCCAGCGAGGUUGUAUUGACCAAGAGAUGGAGGUGGCCUUGUCCAGCUCUCCUGAAACCUUUCCCACACCUGAUGGCCGGGGACACAUCAGCUAUGCUCAGCUCCUGGAGCGGUGUCCCCAGGACGAAGCCUCUGGGCUUCACCUACUGCCCCUGACAGAAGAUACUCCUGCUGUCCUCACUGACGCACAGAUCCAGGAUAUACUGCAAGCAUCGCCAGGCACCGAGGAUGGUGUGUCCCUCUGGGACUCGCUCACCUCGUGCCACUUUACUGAGGAGCAGCGCAGGGGCUUCCUGGAAGACCUGCGGAUGGGGAAGACCUCUGUGCCACAACUUCAGGACACCGUGUGCAGCUGGGUGCACAAAGCAAAGCUCUUGGCCCGGGCCCGCAUCUCUGUGCCAGGCCCACGGGGUGAGGUCCCUGCCAUUUGGCUACGAGAUGCUGGCAUCAUCACCCAAGAGACACUGGAAGCACUGCUACAGGGUGUAAAAUCACCUGCUGAGGUAGCUGAGCAGCCCACUGUAAAGGCCUGCUUCUGGGGCACAGGCUGUGUGGCCGGUGUGCUGCUGCAACCCUCAGGGACCAAGCUGAGCAUUGCCCAGGCCAUAAAAGAUGGCCUCCUGCCCAUGGGCAUGGGUCAGCAGCUGCUGGACGCCCAGGUGGCAUCCGGCUCCCUUGUUAACCCACUGACCAAUCAGAAACUAUCAGUGGAAGGUGCAGUGAAGGCCGGCCUGGUGGGCAGAGAGCUGAGUGAGCAGCUCAGACAGGUAGAAAGGGCUGUGACAGGGUACUCAGAUCCCUACUCAGGGGGCUCCCUCUCUCUGUGGCAGGCCAUGGAGAAGGGGCUUGUACCCCAAAGUGAGGGUUUCCCUCUCCUGCAAGUACAGCUGGCCACGGGGGGUAUUGUAGACCCUGUCCAUGGGGUGCACCUGCCCCAGACAGUGGCCUGCAAGCUUGGCCUCCUAGAUGAGCAGACGAACCAGGCACUGACUGCCACUAAGGAAGAAAACAAGUUCUUCUUUGACCCCAAUUCCCAUGAUAAGGUGACAUACCAGCAGCUUAGGAAGCUCUGCGUGCUGGAUGCUGACACUGGCCUGUUGCUGCUGCCACUGGCCCAGGAUACCAUGCUUGAGGUGGACGACCACACUGCAGUGGCACUGAGGGCCAUGAAGGUGCCCAUCAGCAUGGGUAGGUUCCAAGGACACAGUGUGUCACUCUGGGACUUGCUACAUUCUGAGUAUGUUGGUGCUGAAAAACGGCAGGAGCUGGUGGCACUCUGUUGCUCUGGACGAGCUGCAGCCCUGCGGCAAGUGGUCAGUAUGGUCACCACCCUGGUGGAAGCUGCAGAGAAGCAGCCUUCACAGGCCACCUUCAAAGGGCUCCGGAAGCAGGUAUCGGCCAGGGAUUUGUUUAGGUCCCAGCUGAUCAACAAGCAGACACUGGAUGAGCUAAAUCAGGGAAAGAAGACAGUGCAGGAGGUGACAGAGAUGGACAGUGUGAGGCGGUCCCUGGAAGGAGGCAAUUUCAUUGCUGGGGUCCUCAUUCAGGGUACCAAGGAGAAGAUGAGCAUCCCAGAGGCCUUGAGGAGGCACAUUCUCAGGCCAGGCACAGCUCUGGUGCUGCUGGAGGCACAGGCAGCCACCGGCUUCAUCAUUGACCCUGUGGAAAACCGGAAGCUGACCGUGGAACAGGCAUUCCAGACAGGGAUGUUCAGCAAGGAAACCUAUGUGAAGCUGUUGUCAGCUGAGCGUGCUGUCACUGGCUAUACAGACCCCUACACUGGGGAGCAGAUCUCCCUCUUCCAGGCCAUGAAGAAGGGCCUCAUAGUCAGGGACCACGGCAUCCGCCUGCUGGAGGCCCAGAUCGCUACGGGCGGCAUCAUAGACCCUGUGCACAGCCACCGUGUGCCGGUGGAUGUGGCCUACCAGCGUGGCUACUUCGAUGAGGAGAUGAACCGCAUCUUGGCUGACCCAAGUGAUGACACCAAGGGCUUCUUCGAUCCCAACACGCAUGAGAACCUCACCUACCUGCAGCUGCUGGAGCGCUGCGUGGAGGACCCGGAGACGGGCUUGUACAUGUUAGAAAUUGUCAAAAAAGGAGACACGUACACAUUCAUUGAUGAAGCCAUGAGGCAAGCUCUGCGAUCCAGAACUGUGAAGAUGGAUGUGGGGAGCUUUGCCGGCCAGACAGUGUCUUUGUGGGACCUGCUGUCUUCUCAGUACUUUACAGAGGGAAGGAAGAGAGAGCUCGUGAGAGAGUACAGAACCCAGAACAUGGACCUGGAGAAGCUGCUGGAGAUUGCCACAACCACUGUGGAAGAAACAGAGAAGCAAAACCAAGCCAUCAAGGUGCCAGCCAUCCAUGGAGACGUGACAGCUUCAGAACUGUUCAACUCUGGGAUCCUUGAUAAAAAGACUCUGGACUCGCUUCACACUGGGACGAAGAGGUGCCAAGACCUCUGCCAGCUGGAGCGUGUGAGCGUCUACCUGGAAGGCACAGGCUGCAUUGCUGGAGUGACCGCACCCCUCACCCAGGAGGUCAUGAGCUUCAACGAGGCCAGUAGGGAAGAGAUCAUCCCUGCAGGAUUUGCCGCUCAGCUGCUGGAAGCACAGGCAGCCACUGGAUUCCUAAUGGACCCCCAUACCCACCGGAAGCUGUGUGUGGACGAGGCCCUAGCAACUGGCCUGGUGAGUGGAGACCUGCGGGAAAGACUAGAGAACGCAGAAAAGGCAGCGAAGGGCUACGAAGACCCAGCCACAGGGGGGACUAUCCCACUGUUCCAGGCCAUGGAGAAGAAGAUGGUUAAGAGGGAGGAGGCACUGAGGUUGCUGGAAGUGCAGGUGGCCACAGGGGGAGUCAUUGACCCACUACACCACCAUCGUGUCCCUCUGGAAACAGCCUGCAGGCGUGGCUGUCUGCAUGAAGACAUUGUGCCACUCAUUGCUGACCAGAAGCACAUGAGGAAAAGGUUUGUGGAUCCCAACACACAGGAGAAGGUCACAUAUCAGGAGUUGCAGGAGAGGUGCCAGAGGGAGGGGCAGUCAGGCUGGGCUCUGUUCCCAGUGGUCAAGGACGACGAGGACUCUGAGUAUGUUGAUGAGGCCACCAGAAGGGCCCUGGAGGCAGAACAGGUGGAAGUGACUGUAGGGCAGUACAAAGGCCAAAGGCGAUCUGUGUGGGAGCUGCUGAACUCAGAGUACAUGACAGAGGAGAAGAAACUUGAAUUGGUGAGGAUAUAUAAACGUGACACAGCUCAGGCACUGCAGAAAGUCAUAAAAGUUAUUCUACAGAUGAUUUCAGAAAAGGAGGCGGGCAGAAAGCAACUCUGGUUCCAAGGAAUUCGAAACCAGGUCACAGCACAGGAACUUCUUAGAUCAACCGUCAUCUCAAGACAGACUCUGCAGGACCUGGAGGAGGGCAGGACCACAGUAGAACAAAUUGAAAGAAAUGAAGAAGUGAAGCGUUUCCUGGAGGGCACCAGCUGCAUUGCGGGCGUCCUGGUGCCGGUUCAGGGAGAGCCGGGCCGGCAGGAGAAGAUGAGCAUCUACCAGGCCAUGUGGAAGGGUGUGCUGCGGCCGGGCACAGCGUUGGUGCUGCUGGAGGCCCAGGCAGCCACUGGCUUCGUCAUCGACCCGGUGCACAAUCGCAGACUCUCCGUGGAGGAGGCCGUGGCCGCCGGCAUAGUGGGUGGAGAGAUCCAAGAGAAGCUGCUGUCCGCCGAGCGAGCCGUCACCGGCUACAGGGACCCCUACUCUGGGGAGCAGAUCUCCCUCUUCCAGGCCAUGCAGAGGGACCUCAUCGUCAGGGACCACGGCAUCCGCCUGCUGGAGGCCCAGAUCGCGACAGGUGGGGUCAUCGACCCGGUGCACAGCCACCGCGUGCCCGUGGACGUGGCCUACCAGCGCGGCUACUUCGAUGAGGAGAUGAAUCAGGUGCUGUCCGACCCAGGGGAUGACACCAAGGGCUUCUUUGACCCCAACACCCACGAGAACCUCACUUACCUGCAGCUGCUGCGCCGCUGUGUGCGUGACCCAGAGACCGGACUCUACAUGCUGCAGCUGGCGGGCAAGGGCUCCACUGUGCACCACCUGAGCGAGGAGCUGCGCCGGGCCCUUCGUGAGGCCCGUGUGACCCCGGGCUCCGGUGACUUCCAGGGCCAGAGCAUCUCUGUCUGGGAGCUCCUCUUCUACCGAGAGGUGCCGGAGGGUGUGCGCCAGGACCUGCUGCGCCGGUACCAGGCAGGAGGGCUGACGGUGCAGGACGUGAGCUCCACCCUCAUCUCUCUGCUGGCCCGGGCUGAGGAUGGAGGCCCAAGCGUGGAUCCCCGGGGCGCCCUGCGUAAGGCCACCAUGGAAGUCAAGGUCGGCCCUCUCCAGGGCCACGCGGUGCCGGUGUGGGACGUUCUGACUUCCAGCUACGUGAGGGGAGACACCCGGGAGGAGCUGCUGGCCCAGUUCGGCUCUGGGACGCUGACCCUGCCCAAGCUGACCCGCGAGCUUACUACCAUCAUCGAGGAAGCCGAGGAGACCCAGGGCCCCAAGCGCAAGGUGACCAGCAGUACCUCGCUUAGCCAGCAGGAGACCGGAGCCGGAGACUCGGGAGCCUCUACCCGCUUGGCCAAGGACGCCGACGCACCGGAGGCUGCCAGACAGCAGCAGGAGCACGCUCUGCGCGAAGGUACCAUGCAGGUGAGCUCUGGGCAGUUCCGGGGCCAGCCUGUUUCGGUGUGGACGGUCCUCUUCUCUUCGUACCUCAGUGAGGCCCGCCGAGAGGAGCUCCUUGCCCAGCACUUGGCCGGCACCCUGGGGCUGCAGGACCUUGUCACCAUCCUCACCCAAGUCAUCGAGGAAACGGAGGAGCGGCUCAGCAAAGUGUCUUUCCCCGGCCUUAGGCACCAGGUGUCUGCGUCCGAGCUGCGCACAUCUGGGAUCUUGGACCCCGAGACCCUGCGGGAACUGGCGCAGGGAACGAAGACCCUGCAGGAGGUGACAGAGAUGGACUCCGUCAAGCGUUACCUGGAGGGCACCAGCUGCAUUGCGGGCGUCCUGGUGCCGGUUCAGGGAGAGCCGGGCCGGCAGGAGAAGAUGAGCAUCUACCAGGCCAUGUGGAAGGGUGUGCUGCGGCCGGGCACAGCGUUGGUGCUGCUGGAGGCCCAGGCAGCCACUGGCUUCGUCAUCGACCCGGUGCACAAUCGCAGACUCUCCGUGGAGGAGGCCGUGGCCGCCGGCAUAGUGGGUGGAGAGAUCCAAGAGAAGCUGCUGUCCGCCGAGCGAGCCGUCACCGGCUACAGGGACCCCUACUCUGGGGAGCAGAUCUCCCUCUUCCAGGCCAUGCAGAGGGACCUCAUCGUCAGGGACCACGGCAUCCGCCUGCUGGAGGCCCAGAUCGCGACAGGUGGGGUCAUCGACCCGGUGCACAGCCACCGCGUGCCCGUGGACGUGGCCUACCAGCGCGGCUACUUCGAUGAGGAGAUGAAUCAGGUGCUGUCCGACCCAGGGGAUGACACCAAGGGCUUCUUUGACCCCAACACCCACGAGAACCUCACUUACCUGCAGCUGCUGCGCCGCUGUGUGCGUGACCCAGAGACCGGACUCUACAUGCUGCAGCUGGCGGGCAAGGGCUCCACUGUGCACCACCUGAGCGAGGAGCUGCGCCGGGCCCUUCGUGAGGCCCGUGUGACCCCGGGCUCCGGUGACUUCCAGGGCCAGAGCAUCUCUGUCUGGGAGCUCCUCUUCUACCGAGAGGUGCCGGAGGGUGUGCGCCAGGACCUGCUGCGCCGGUACCAGGCAGGAGGGCUGACGGUGCAGGACGUGAGCUCCACCCUCAUCUCUCUGCUGGCCCGGGCUGAGGAUGGAGGCCCAAGCGUGGAUCCCCGGGGCGCCCUGCGUAAGGCCACCAUGGAAGUCAAGGUCGGCCCUCUCCAGGGCCACGCGGUGCCGGUGUGGGACGUUCUGACUUCCAGCUACGUGAGGGGAGACACCCGGGAGGAGCUGCUGGCCCAGUUCGGCUCUGGGACGCUGACCCUGCCCAAGCUGACCCGCGAGCUUACUACCAUCAUCGAGGAAGCCGAGGAGACCCAGGGCCCCAAGCGCAAGGUGACCAGCAGUACCUCGCUUAGCCAGCAGGAGACCGGAGCCGGAGACUCGGGAGCCUCUACCCGCUUGGCCAAGGACGCCGACGCACCGGAGGCUGCCAGACAGCAGCAGGAGCACGCUCUGCGCGAAGGUACCAUGCAGGUGAGCUCUGGGCAGUUCCGGGGCCAGCCUGUUUCGGUGUGGACGGUCCUCUUCUCUUCGUACCUCAGUGAGGCCCGCCGAGAGGAGCUCCUUGCCCAGCACUUGGCCGGCACCCUGGGGCUGCAGGACCUUGUCACCAUCCUCACCCAAGUCAUCGAGGAAACGGAGGAGCGGCUCAGCAAAGUGUCUUUCCCCGGCCUUAGGCACCAGGUGUCUGCGUCCGAGCUGCGCACAUCUGGGAUCUUGGACCCCGAGACCCUGCGGGAACUGGCGCAGGGAACGAAGACCCUGCAGGAGGUGACAGAGAUGGACUCCGUCAAGCGUUACCUGGAGGGCACCAGCUGCAUUGCGGGCGUCCUGGUGCCGGUUCAGGGAGAGCCGGGCCGGCAGGAGAAGAUGAGCAUCUACCAGGCCAUGUGGAAGGGUGUGCUGCGGCCGGGCACAGCGUUGGUGCUGCUGGAGGCCCAGGCAGCCACUGGCUUCGUCAUCGACCCGGUGCACAAUCGCAGACUCUCCGUGGAGGAGGCCGUGGCCGCCGGCAUAGUGGGUGGAGAGAUCCAAGAGAAGCUGCUGUCCGCCGAGCGAGCCGUCACCGGCUACAGGGACCCCUACUCUGGGGAGCAGAUCUCCCUCUUCCAGGCCAUGCAGAGGGACCUCAUCGUCAGGGACCACGGCAUCCGCCUGCUGGAGGCCCAGAUCGCGACAGGUGGGGUCAUCGACCCGGUGCACAGCCACCGCGUGCCCGUGGACGUGGCCUACCAGCGCGGCUACUUCGAUGAGGAGAUGAAUCAGGUGCUGUCCGACCCAGGGGAUGACACCAAGGGCUUCUUUGACCCCAACACCCACGAGAACCUCACUUACCUGCAGCUGCUGCGCCGCUGUGUGCGUGACCCAGAGACCGGACUCUACAUGCUGCAGCUGGCGGGCAAGGGCUCCACUGUGCACCACCUGAGCGAGGAGCUGCGCCGGGCCCUUCGUGAGGCCCGUGUGACCCCGGGCUCCGGUGACUUCCAGGGCCAGAGCAUCUCUGUCUGGGAGCUCCUCUUCUACCGAGAGGUGCCGGAGGGUGUGCGCCAGGACCUGCUGCGCCGGUACCAGGCAGGAGGGCUGACGGUGCAGGACGUGAGCUCCACCCUCAUCUCUCUGCUGGCCCGGGCUGAGGAUGGAGGCCCAAGCGUGGAUCCCCGGGGCGCCCUGCGUAAGGCCACCAUGGAAGUCAAGGUCGGCCCUCUCCAGGGCCACGCGGUGCCGGUGUGGGACGUUCUGACUUCCAGCUACGUGAGGGGAGACACCCGGGAGGAGCUGCUGGCCCAGUUCGGCUCUGGGACGCUGACCCUGCCCAAGCUGACCCGCGAGCUUACUACCAUCAUCGAGGAAGCCGAGGAGACCCAGGGCCCCAAGCGCAAGGUGACCAGCAGUACCUCGCUUAGCCAGCAGGAGACCGGAGCCGGAGACUCGGGAGCCUCUACCCGCUUGGCCAAGGACGCCGACGCACCGGAGGCUGCCAGACAGCAGCAGGAGCACGCUCUGCGCGAAGGUACCAUGCAGGUGAGCUCUGGGCAGUUCCGGGGCCAGCCUGUUUCGGUGUGGACGGUCCUCUUCUCUUCGUACCUCAGUGAGGCCCGCCGAGAGGAGCUCCUUGCCCAGCACUUGGCCGGCACCCUGGGGCUGCAGGACCUUGUCACCAUCCUCACCCAAGUCAUCGAGGAAACGGAGGAGCGGCUCAGCAAAGUGUCUUUCCCCGGCCUUAGGCACCAGGUGUCUGCGUCCGAGCUGCGCACAUCUGGGAUCUUGGACCCCGAGACCCUGCGGGAACUGGCGCAGGGAACGAAGACCCUGCAGGAGGUGACAGAGAUGGACUCCGUCAAGCGUUACCUGGAGGGCACCAGCUGCAUUGCGGGCGUCCUGGUGCCGGUUCAGGGAGAGCCGGGCCGGCAGGAGAAGAUGAGCAUCUACCAGGCCAUGUGGAAGGGUGUGCUGCGGCCGGGCACAGCGUUGGUGCUGCUGGAGGCCCAGGCAGCCACUGGCUUCGUCAUCGACCCGGUGCACAAUCGCAGACUCUCCGUGGAGGAGGCCGUGGCCGCCGGCAUAGUGGGUGGAGAGAUCCAAGAGAAGCUGCUGUCCGCCGAGCGAGCCGUCACCGGCUACAGGGACCCCUACUCUGGGGAGCAGAUCUCCCUCUUCCAGGCCAUGCAGAGGGACCUCAUCGUCAGGGACCACGGCAUCCGCCUGCUGGAGGCCCAGAUCGCGACAGGUGGGGUCAUCGACCCGGUGCACAGCCACCGCGUGCCCGUGGACGUGGCCUACCAGCGCGGCUACUUCGAUGAGGAGAUGAAUCAGGUGCUGUCCGACCCAGGGGAUGACACCAAGGGCUUCUUUGACCCCAACACCCACGAGAACCUCACUUACCUGCAGCUGCUAGAGCGAGCUACUGUGGACCCUGAAACCGGGCUGUUGUUUCUCUCUGUCUCUAAGGGCUCAAUGUGACUCUGUCACCUUCUCCAGCUCUCUGGAAGAUUGGCCCGGUCAUCUCAGUUUCAUUUUCCUCCUGCUUCAGUAUUUAUCCCGUUUUCCACAUUAUUAAAAUUGAACAUUUAGUUCAUUCUCUGCCUUUCAACACUCCUGGUCCGCUUGCGUCCACUUUUUUCCCAUGUAUCCUUUCCCAUUUUGUGUUUUGUCUUUUCCCUUCUCCUGGUGAUAUUCUUUUCACAUUUAUGGGAGGGGUAUUUUUAAGAAAAGGGUCUUUCUGACAAGCUGUCACACUGUGUCCCAACAGCCUUGGACUUCACUCAUUGUGUAGCCCAGGCUGCUCUGGAACUUACGUGAUCAUCCUGCCUUGGCGUACCCAUUACUGGCAUUGCAGGUGUGCCCAUUCUGCCUGGUGGUGGCUUUCAGCAUGGUAAUUUUAUGGAACGUUCUUACAUGAUUACAUGACGUCUUGGUUUCUCCUCUGUAUUUGCAAUUUUUUUCUCCUUCCUUCACAUCUCACUGAAGUAUCUUAGCACUUACAGGUUUUUGGGUUUGUUGUUUGUUUGUUUGUUUGAGGUUUAUACGUUUCUUUUGAUACUAAAUACCUUCCUGCUUCUGUUUGGACUCAUCUCCCACUAACUAUAGUCCUCAGUUUAGUGGCAGCAUUUGGGCUUCUGUCCCCAGCUUUAGUGGUCCUCUCGCUGCUGUGCUGAAGCUGACUACCAGCUGGAUUUCAGUCUUGUGGAGACUGGCUAACCUCUGUCCUCAUAGGUGCCAACCAUUAAGUGUUUAUGACUACAAUCCUUGAAUCUUGAAUGUUUGGGGGUUUUGUUUUACAAAGAAAAUGUUUUAUUUUGUCUCGGGGUUCAGACGAUACAAGGCCAACAUCUUCCUCUGGCCACAGCUUUCUUCCUGGCAGAGUCCCAAGGUAGCGAAGGGCAUUUCCGGGAAAGAGACAAGGAGUAAGAACUUAGAAAAAAAGCUGGACGCCACAGACAUAGUGGUGCACUUCUUUAGUCCCAGCACUCAGGAGGCAGAGGCAGAUGGUUGUCUGUGAGAUCAAGACCAGACAUGUCUACAUAGU